AUGGAAGAAAAAAACAACGGGCAGAGCAGAGAAGGGAACGCUUUCCUCCUUCGCUCUCUUCUGCUCCUCGAGGCUCAUCCCGUCAGUACCCGCGUUUCCUUUUCUCUUUUCUCCCUUGGAUACCUCUCCUCGACAGCCCACCGUCUCAUUGACUCUGCGAACUCUCUGUGGGCUUCCUCGGUCGCUUCACCCGCUGUGUCUCCUUCGGCGUCUCCGUCUGCUUCUCGCGUGUCUCCGUCUGCUUCUCGCGCGUCUCCGCCCCCUUCUUAUUGCUCCUCGCGUGUCUCGUCCUCCGCGUCUUUUGGGGUAUGGGGCGUCCCACUGGCGUCCGCGCGUCGCCUGCUCCAGGAAGAACAGAAGAAGAAGACGGCGACCUUGGCCGCCCUCGCCACCUAUGAUCUCUGCGGCUCUCCCGGAAGAGGAAAGCCUCCCCCCUGGGCGUGGCCAGACGAAACAAACCUCGAUGCGUUUCUGCCUUUGAGCGACGGCGCGGCCGACGUCGUCUUCGCUUCCGACUCUACGGCUGGCGAGGAGGAGGGUCAGUUUCGAACUUCGGGGAAUGGUGAAUCAGAGGGAGAAGAGCGGCCGUGCGUGGUUCUUGGGACUGUCGAGGUCGCAGCUGGACUCAGACGAGGCCGAGCGCGACGGCGCAGUCCGGGCGUCUCUUCUGUCGAGUUCGAGGCUCGUCUGUUCCCUCCCUCUCACCAGGCGUCGUCUUCUUCGAGUUCGGUGCAUAUCGAUCUCUCCUUGCGAUGCAUCCGGGGACUGCCGUCGUCGUUUUGCCUGGAGGCGCAGGAGGCGAUUUCGCUCGGUGCGGAGGCGCCUUCGCCUUCUCUCGCUUCGAUUGCCUCUUUGCGCAAGUCGGCAGGCAGAGACCGGGAGAAUGCGGGCUCCGGACCUGAGGCGGAGCGGGGCGGGUGCUCGGCGGGAGAGGGAAAAGAGUUGGAUGAAGGCGAGGCACUGAACGCAGGUGGAGCUCGGCCGUUCCUGGAGUCUAUCGAGAAGCUUCUUCGCACUGCGGCUGCCGUGGAGGCCUUGCUCGUGAGUCACCUCGAAAGACGCGGAGCUGCAGGCGUGGAGGAGCGUCUCGUGAACCCGAAGAGAACAGAGAGAGACGCGGCGCUGGAGACGUACAGGCAGCGUCUGUUCCGCAGCCAUGUCGAGAACUUUCUCCACUUUUAUUCUGAGGAAUCUGUGACGGAGGCGCCCAGUGCCGGCCCUUCCCGGCCUGCGCAAUCAGGCGAGAAGGAUCUGCGCCUUCACGGCACAGGCGAGGGAGACCGAGAGAAGACGAAGAGUCGUCACCGUGUCUCGUUUCAGCCCCCGCCGCACGCAGAGACAGCCGAAGUCCUGUCAGCCGGAGAUGCGAGACCAGACUCGUCUCCAGGGCGUCUUCGCCCCUCGAGUUCAGCGAUUCACAGCCCCCACGAGGACGAGCCUCCCGCCGAGGUCCGCUCGUCUCCCUCCACGACGCCCGCGCCUGUGCGCAGCCGCGAAGGGGCCUCUGGGCCUGACGGCGCAUGCACUCUGCAGACCGAGACGCGGGACAGGAGCCGAGCAGAGAGUGCACGCGCUCGAGAGGGGUACGAGGCGCAGAGGCAACGGGCGGGAAAGUCUCCGGACGGCGACGGCGGCGACGACGCUGCGACAGAAAACGAGUGGAAGGGAACGGCCGAAGAACAGGAAACCGCCGCAGAGCGAGGGACACGUGAGAGCGAAUCGACACGAGAACAGGCGGGAGAGGUCGGCUCGCGAGACAGGAAGGUCCAGGCUGACGGCCGACUCGCUGGGAGGGUUCCCUCUGCGGGGCGUUUUUCGCGCUUGUCGGACGGAGAAACAAAACGUCGCGAUGGAGAGUCGGACGGUCCGUUCGCACCGGCCGUGUCGCCUUCCGACCGAUCUGUUCCGUUUCAGCCGCUGCGUGUCUUGGGCACAGCUAGUAGCGCACCUAGCCCUCUGUCUCGCCCCACCGAUGGGCCGCCUGCAGGGUUCGUCGGCCUCCAGGACGUCGCUGAGAGCCUCAGCGAGAGGUCGAACGCAGCAGGGGAAAACGGCACCCGUGACGCGCCACGUGUCGGCGUGAGCGGCAUCUCGGCGUCUGAGCGCGGAGAGCGGCGAGGUGCGGCAGGCCGCCAUGCUUCCGGGGAAGCAUCGCUCGACUCUUUCGGAACGGAGGCACUCGAAGCCAAAAGAGGAGACGUGGGCGAUGCCAUUUCGCGCGCGCCUCGAGGCGGAGACGCUGCGAGUCAGGCGGGAGGCGGGGCGGAGGCCUGGGGGGCCGAGACGCAGCGCCUGGCUGCUGCGUCGUCUCCUUCAGGGCCAGCUCCUUCCCUCCCUGAGUCGCAGUCGCCCUCUGUGCCGACUUCGUCGUGUGGCAUCUGCCGCUUUGGAGCCGCGACAGGCGCCGCGGAGCCUGCAAAGGAAGGAAGAAGCCCAUCGCGGGAGUCGGAGUCGCGGAGCGGCCGCUGCGGCUCCAGGAGGCACAGCGCAGGAGAGGGAGGCAGCGCGGGUAGACUGCUCGCGGUGAUUCGCGAGGAGGGCGAGGAGGAAGGGGGCGACACGAAGGCGACGCGGACCGAGGGCGAGAGGCAGGAGAGGAAGGAGAGGAAGGAAGGGAAGGCGCCCUCGGAGAAGGCGCAGCAAGAGGAGGCGGACGCGCUGCCGAGGCCGCGAAGCCUGGGUGACGCAGCGGCGCACAAGAGUUUAAGAGAGGCGGCGUCUGUGAGCGUGGGAACCCACGAGACGCCGACGGGCGCGCGUUCCAACGGAGACCUCACAGAGGAGACGAAGCCCAGCCGCGGAGCAGAGAUGGGGAAGAAGGGCCAGGAAGUCACUGCCAGCCGAUACCACACGGAGUUCGUUGAGCUCCAGCAACUCGGCUCGGGCGGCUUCGGGAGCGUCGCGAAGGUAAGCGUCAACGCGCGAAGCAGCUGA